ACAGUACGAUCGUUCUCCUUGUAACUAGGCACCGUGUUGGCGGGGUCAAAACGAGUGUAUCAAGAUGGCGGACUCGAACGAAAAGUUGUUAGCAGAGCUCCUAAAAAAACCUGGAAAUAACGUCUGUGCUGAUUGCGGAACUAAAAAUCCAGAAUGGGCUUCAUACAAUAUUGGAAUCUUUGUGUGCACAAGGUGUGCCGGUGUGCAUCGAUCUAUGGGGGCUCACAUAUCAAAGGUGAAACAUUUAAAAUUGGAUCGAUGGGAAGACUCUCAAGUAACUCGCGUUCGCGAAGUUGGUAAUAAUGUGGCACGACUUUAUUAUGAAGAACGAGUACCUUCUUGUUAUCGAAGGCCCAAUCAAGAUGCACCACAAGUACUAGUGGAGCAAUGGAUACGAGCUAAAUAUGAACGUGAAGAAUUUUGUCACCCAGAAAGACAGAAUCAUUAUGUUUCUGGAUUCAUGGAAGGAUUCUUGAUGAAGCGAGGAAAAGAGGACUCAAAAUAUCACCCACGAAAAUUUGUUCUGUCAGAGGCCGACGACACGUUAAAAUAUCAUGUCAAAGAGAACAAGGAACCAAAAGCUGUACUCAGGAUAUCAGAAUUAAAUGUCGCAUUUGCACCUGCAAAAACUGGCCUUCAAAAUAGCUUACAAAUUUCUUUUAUGAAAGAUGGGACCACAAGACAUCUUUAUGUCUAUCAUGAAGAUCCUGAAGUUAUAACAAACUGGUACUUGGCCAUUAGAUGUGCAAAGCUGCAUCGUUUACAAAUAGCAUAUCCUGGAAUCUCAGAAUCUGAAUUACUUUUGCAACUGACAAGAGAUUUUGCCCGAGAAGGGUAUCUCUGGAAAACGGGUCCAAGGCAUUCAGAUGCAUAUAAGAAAAGAUGGUUCACUCUAGAUGGUCGGAAGCUGAUGUACCAUGACGAGCCUAUGGAUGCACAUCCGAAAGGAGAAAUUUUUUUGGGAUCCACCAUGGAUGGCUUCGCUGUAAAACUGGGUGUACCAACCGGUGCUAAGGAUCAGGGUUUUUCCUUUACUCUUGAGACACCUGACAGAAGUUAUUUACUUUCGGCUCAAAGCAACGAUGAUAGGACGCAGUGGAUGAGCAUCAUUCAAAGGGUGAUUGAAAAACCAUUGACUCCACAUGAUAUGUCGAUAGCAGCGCGUUUAGUGAGGAAACGCACAGCAAGUGGUACCAUGAAUAUUUUCUCAUCGGUGAGGUAGGGCUGGACCCCCUUAGUCAUCUGUCAUAAUUAGUAAAUACUGUUAACUAGGAGAUCGAAUUAAACUAGACGUAACAUGAGUUAUGAUUCAUUGAAAAAGGACUAUUUAGUCCAGAUUUUUAUAUUUAAUAGAAGCCUCAUUGCACGAUACUGUGCUGUACUGAAGCAUUUUGUGAAAUGUGCAGAUCUCUAUGUACAAUUCAACUAAACCGAAAAUCGGCUUGCGGUAGUAAUUUUUUAAUGGUACUAUGAGCCUUCAUACCAGAUAACAUAGUUUCUCAGCAGUGAUUGUGAAGAAGAGCGUAAGUACUAAAGCACAAGAGUCAACUCAAAGUUACAUGUACAGCUGUUGUUCAGAACAAGCUUUAAUAGCACAUGAAAUUUGCAAAAUAUUAUAAGACUGGUAAUGAAACUAUUUACAUGCAGUAUCGGUGUCCGUUUAAUUUAGAGUUUUUGUAUUACUAUAUCAUUAUAAUUGGGAAAUCAGAGAAAUGUAAAUGCUGAUAUCUUGAAACAUAUAAGGUUUAGUGCGUAUACAGUCUACCUUUUAUAGACAUAUAGAUCUAGUUGCUUUGCGAAAUCUUUUACAAAUAACACGCGAUAUAAAAAUAAAUUAGCAUCAUUAUUAAAAUCAUGUCUUAUUCAUUAAAGUAAUAAUUAUUCCCAGAUAUCAAAUUAAACACAACAAACUUGGAACAAAUUCAGAUCAUACCUACGUCUGUUUUAUUUGUUUGACACAUACGUAUGUAUGCCAUGUGUACAAAUAAUAUAGUUGUGUGCAUAUCGACGGGUCCUAAUAAAAAAGGCGUAUCUCCUGAUGGUCAUGAAUAUUUUCUGUAAUAAAAACCUGCUGUUCAAAACAAAUUCAAUUCGAUCAGGUUUAGUUACAAUAUUUAAUUCUUUGCAUCAUAAUGUUUUUGUUUUAACAGUUCCAGUCAGUACUGUCAAUAUAUCCUCAAUUUUUAAUGUGAAGUCCAUCAAUAAAUAUCCAAGUAUUGGAAGUUGGUGGACAACGAUUUAAAGGUAGCCUAAUACUUUUUUUAUUUAUCUCACUGGGAUACGUUUUCAUAUGUUAGGAUCCAUUGAUCGCAUGAGUUGCAAAAAUAUACUUACAACGUUAUCAUUACAAAUUUGAAUCUGAACCUCGAGAAGAAGUUAACAGUUGCAUUGAACAAUUGUGUAAGGUUUGUGUUGCGUAAGAGGCUUGGAGAGCACAUCAGUACUCCUCGGCUGGAUCUCGGGUGGCUUUCGCCGUAUAACCGCCGUUUAUAUCUGUUAGGAUGUAUAUUCUAUGGAAUUUUGGUGUUAAAUAAAAACGCUUUGCUGUGUGAGCGUAUCAGAUUAAAUCACAAUAUUGCCCGGCAUAGACAUAACAACCGGACUGAUACGCUCCUCGGACCAAUUCCUCGCACGUCAAUCUUGCAGCACUCAUUCCUAGUUGUUGGCACUACCUUUUGGAACUCUCUACCGCCAAUUGUUACUACUUCGAUGUCAUUGGAUGUGUUUAAAGCAGCUUGCUUCAAUCAUCUUAUGGCAAUUGAGCGAGCUGAUGUGAGCGCGUUGGAUUAAUGUGCAGUUACAUGCCUGUGUUUAAUUUGAGUCCUGAAUCUGUGAAUCACUAUUAUGUGCAAACGUGCUUUUUUAUUUUUAUUUUAGGCAGCCUAGUGCAAUUUAAGCUUUAUUAUUUUCUUUUUCUUAUUAUUGACAAUUGACGUUGAGAGACCAUACAUAUAGUACUAUUAUUAUUCUUAAAAUGUUUUUUUUUUUUUUUUUUUUAUUGCUUAUUGUUAACUACGAUUUUCAAUUAUUCUUUCAACUAUUGUUCUUAUUGUAUGCUCUGUAUAUUUUUUGUAUUUUCUUUAGGCCGUUAGAGGAUUUUAAUCCUACAGCCUGUUUAAUAAAUUACAUUACAUUACAUUACAUUAUUAACGCAAUAAUGCUAUUCUUCAAUUCAGUACGUAUGGUCAAUUGUAAGGGGAUUUCGAACAAUGUAGAUGUAAUUAUUUUUCACUGGAUAUGUGAAUUAAUUAGUAGCUAUAAAGGAAAUGUAACAUGACCACAUUAACAAAUUAUAUAGUGAAUAGCGGAAGAAAGAAAAUAAUCGAUUAGAAAAUAAGAAUAAUGUUUUGCAAUAUUAUUAAAUCUGGCUUUAUUUCAGAAGUCAAGUACGAUGUUUUUUGCACCAAAGUUUCAUUAAAGGUUAAUUUUAAUUCAUCAUUUCACUACCUGUUACAAAUAGAUGUUUUCAUUUAGAAUAACGAUACAGAUAGAUGGAUGAGAAAUAUUGCUCUUUUAUAAAUAAAUGAUGCAUAUUGUGUAUUCAUGAUGAUCUAGUAGAGUAGUACAUCUUUUUGGUGCAUCAUUCGCGAAUUCAUAUUUAAUCAGUGUAAUUUUGAAUUUGUUGCGAGCUCCUUAAUGUCCAACAUCUAUGGAGGCUCAUAAACUUAAUUCAAUGAACUUUGAAUAUGUAACACAAUUAGAAUACUAGUUUCUUCAAAAGUAAGCUAUAUUGAAAAAAGUGUUUAUUUCUAAUUCUAAUUGAUGAGAAAAAAUCUAUUGUGCAGCGGUAAUUUUUGUUACAAGUACAUGAAUAUAUCUAUCAUCCAAUUCAUAUCCUGUCUGAAAUUAGAUGUAAGUGAACAAAAAUUUCUAAUUCAUAAGAGGCCUAUGAUGCUGUAUAUGGGGUAUUCCCUGUCAACUACACCAAGUUAUGACCCUCAUGUUUUCUGCAUUUUACGAAAUUUUUGUUAGGUGUAAUAGGACUCCCAAAACGCAUGACUCCAUUUUUUUACAUUUCUUUAAAAAAUUCCCUACAAGUAAUGACUAAAAAGUCCUGAAGAAACAACCUAAUUGUAAAAUGUGAGGAAAAAAAAUACCAGAAACGCUGCAUUUUAUUCCAAUCAUUUUAGCAUAAGGCCCAUGAUGGUAAACGAUCUACUUUUAGGUGUCUAAACACCUACAACAUUUUGUAUACAACUAAAAGCAGAAAAAUGUUAGUUUCUUAUAGUGUUUAUUAAAAUUACAUUCUGAAUGUUUUUCGGUCAGCAGGAAUUCUUUUACAAUCGCUUUAUAUAAGUGGCGUCACUACGUUCAAAUUUUUAAAAGACGUUUACCGACUUCUUAAAGUGUUUUAAAAAAUCGGAAAAGUUGCAACUUUAGCCAAACAUAGAAGAAAAUUAUAUUUUUGGUUAAAUAUAAAUGUUCUUGUUGCCUAAACACCCCUAAAAAGGUUAUUUACCAUCACGGAUCUUGUGCCCAAAUGAUCGGAAUAGGGUAUAAUACUUUUGGUAUUUAUCCAGAUUUUACAAUUAAGGCAUUGCUUCACGACCUUUGAUAGUUUUUGUUUGUAGGAGAUUUUUCAGGGAAAUGUAUUAAGAAAAAUAAUUCUCAUUCAGGUGUUUUUGAGGUUUUAUUAUACUCACAAAAAAUUUUAGGAAAAAUGAAAAAUAUGAGGAUCAGGAUCUGGUCUAGUUGACAAGAAAUGCCCCAUAUGUAUCCGUACUGCAACUAUUGCGGUAAUCAACGAGUCCUACA